AUGGCAAGCGACAAGAAACAGGAAUCCAAAGUUGUGGUCGUAGAAUACAAAAUCUCCAUGCAUUGCAAUGCAUGUGAAAGAAGCGUAGCCAAAAUCAUUGCCAAAUUCAAAGGCGUAGAGAGGUUUACGACGGACAUGAAUGCACACAAGGUGGUGGUGACGGGUAGGAUUGAGGAGCAGAAACUUUUGAAGAAAUUAAGGAAGAAGACUGGGAAGAGAGUAGAGAUAAUCAUCCAUGAUGAUAAGAAGAAGAAGAAGAAGAAGAAAGAAGGUGGUGAUAAUAAUAAUAAUGGAGAUGAUAUUGGUGGAUCAUCCAAAGAUGGGAAUACGGCUAUGGUGCAUGAUCAAUAUUGUUGCAGAGAGAGCGAGGCAAUAUUCAUGAUGUUUAGUGAUGAGAAUCCAAAUGCAUGUUCAAUUGUCUAA